CUGCUCAAUUAUUGAAAAGAAAAAUCCAUGUGCAUUAUUUUUAUUAUUAUUAUCUCAGAAAUGCAGAAAUUGAUCAUCUCUUCCUUCUGCAUAUUGAUACUGGUUUUCUUCAAACUAGUUGAAGCAAGCCAAUAUGUGUGCGCGAAAUCCAACUGUAGCAAUGAUCAAGGCCCGGCUAUCCAUUUCCCAUUGAACAUCAGGCGCACACAUCAUUGUGGAAAUUCUGGGCUUGAAUGCAAUGGGAGAUAUGAGCAGCAAAUACUAAUAAAAUUAUUUGUCAAAGACACAGAUUACAAGCGUCAGGAAAUCCAAGUCUAUUCCCCAAGUAACUGCCUGCUGCUAAAGCUUGUUGAAAUCCCAAACAUGCCACCCUCUCCCUUCGUGCCAGUAGUCGAUUACAUGAUUAAUUUCAUAAACGUUACCUUAUUCAGUUGUCCUACUUCUGUUGCAAUACGAGAUACGUAUGGUUGUCAAGUCCCCUGCCUUGGCGACCGUGGCAAGAGAACUUAUGCCAUUGAUUCUGGGGUUUAUUUUGAAACUCUCUUCCAGAAUCUAGAAUCCUGUACAAAAAUGUAUGAUGUUUUAUCAGUUCCAAUAGCCGAUGAAUAUUAUGUUUUUCGUUUCAAAUGGUCUAUACCAAAUUGCAGAAAAUGUGGAGAGGGAAAGAAGUGUGAAUGGCAGAACAAUGAAAUUAAAUGUCUUCCCUGGAGGAAACCAAGCAACACAUGGAAAAAAGUGGUUACAGGUGGAAUCCUGUGUGCUUUGCUUCUUGUUCUACUGACGAUUGCAGCAUAUCGGGUAUAUAGCGCUGAUAGAAAGGAGAAAGAGAGUCGAUUAAGAAUUGAAAGAUUCUUGGAGGACUACAAAGCACUCAAACCAAGCAGGUAUUCGUACGCAGAUAUUAAGAGGAUUACAAAUCAAUUCAAGGACAAGUUGGGCGAAGGAGCCUAUGGAACUGUCUUCAAAGGAAUGCUCUCUUCUGAAUUCUUCAUUGCUGUCAAAGUCCUCAACAGUUCCAAGGGAGAUGGGGAAGAGUUCGUAAAUGAAGUGCGAACGAUGGGUCAUAUCCACCACGUAAACGUGGCUCGCUUGGUUGGAUUUUGUGCUGAUGGAUUUGUACGAGCUCUUGUUUACGAGUUCUUCCCCAAUGGUUCCCUGCAGGAUUUCAUUUCAUCUGCAGAUAGUAAGAAUUCAUUUCUUGGUUGGGAUAAGCUACAAGAUAUUGCCCUAGGCAUAGCCAAAGGAAUUGAAUAUCUUCACCAGGGAUGCGAUCUACGAAUCCUGCAUUUCGACAUCAAACCCCAUAAUGUUUUGCUAGACCAAAACUUCACUCCAAAAAUUUCUGAUUUUGGUUUGGCCAAGUUAUGUUCCAAGGAUCAAAGCUUGGUGUCCAUGACUACAGCAAGGGGGACCAUGGGCUACAUUGCACCUGAAGUGUUCUCCAGGAAUUUCGGAAAUGUGUCGUACAAGGCAGAUGUUUAUAGCUUUGGAAUGCUACUGCUUGAGAUGGUAGGAGGAAGGAAGAAUAUUGGUUCAAUUACGGAUAACACUACAAAUGAAAUUUACUAUCCACAGUGGAUUUAUAAUCUUCUAGAGGAAGGGGAUGACCUACGAAUCCACAUUGGGGAAGAAGGAGAUGGUAAAAUUCCAAAGAAACUUGCAAUUAUAGGGCUAUGGUGUAUCCAGUGGCACCCGUCGGAUCGUCCUUCCAUGAAAAUAGUGGUUCAGAUGUUAGAAGGAGGAGGAGAAAGCUUGAGUAUGCCGCCUAAUCCCUUUGUGCCUACUGGUUCUACAACUAGGAAUGCAAGACACCUAGAGCUAGAAGCUAUUGCUGAAUUAGAGUAAAAUGUAUAUGCAGAUAUGUAGACGUAUAGAUAUAGUAAUAUUUAUAUUGAAUAAGAGGCCGUUUGAUAACCA